CAAUAAUAAUAAAUAAUAAAAUAUAAUAAAUAUAAUAAAUGAAUUAUAGUAUUUGAAUAUUUCAUAAUAACAUUGUUUAUUUGUUUGAUAUUAGACCAGAGACCUCACAGUUCAGUCUCUCAAAAAUUCAAAAAUUGUUGUUAGUUUGUACUUUUGUAGAUACCAACUCAGUACUUUAUUAGCAAGCUUAAAAUUAAUUUAAUUAACUAUAUAGGUAUCAAUGUUUGUGCAGAAAUUCAUUGAAUAAGGGAUAACGUUAUACACACUAAUAUUAUAUUGUUUUACUUCCCUGCUUAUACAAAGAAAAUGAUGAGACAAGCACAAGUUGUCCGUCCUCAUAAUUUGGAUGAAUAUGUAUUGAAUUUAUUAAAAAGUAUUUACAAAACUAGAAACCUAUCUGUGGAAGAAGUAUCACAAUGGUUGACUUCUGCACCUUUAAACUCAUAUUUCCGAGUUAACACUUUGAAGAUAACGCCUUUAGAAGUUAUGACUUCCAUAAAUGAACAAAUAUCAAAUUUGAAACGACUUAAAAAUAUUGAAAAAAAACAACAUUCAGUUAGAGUACAUAAACAUUUGAGCGAUUGUAUAGUAAUUUCACCAAUGGAUAAGUCAUUAUUAGACUUAAGUCCAAAAAAGGAAGAAGUUAUUGUCGACAUUGCUACUGGCCAAUCUGUAUUACGAGGCUCUCAUAUAUUUGCACCUGGGAUUAUGGCUAUGGCACCUGAAGUACAAGUUGAUUCAUUCAUAUCAGUUUAUGCAGACUUAGCCAAAGGGUGUAAACGAGGAUAUCAAAAAUAUUACGAUAAUCCAAUGAAGAUGUUUGUUGGUAAUGGUAUUGCCAAAAUGAAUCGUCGACAGUUAUUUAAUGGCGAUAUGAAUCCUAAAGGUAUUGCAGUUGAGAUGACCGACCCUGCUACAGGUAUUCCUUCAUUCACAUUGCCUAAUGAAUAUGGAAUGCUACAGAAUUUGCCUUCAGUUGUAACUGGACAUGCACUUGAUGUUAAUGAAAACAAUCUUAAAGUAUUAGAUAUGUGUGCAGCACCUGGUAAUAAGACCACACACAUAGCAAUUUUAAUGAAUAAUAAAGGUUCAAUAGAUGCAGUAGAUAAAUCAAAAACAAAAUUAAAUAAAGUUGAACUUCGAUGCAAACAUUUUGGAAUACAAAAUGUGAAGAUUCAUCAUUUUGAUUCAUUGGUUAGUGUAGACUUGAAUAAUAUAAAUAACAGUGAUAGACCACCAUUUAAAAAUGAAUCAUUCGAUCGUGUAUUAUUGGAUGCACCUUGCAGUAAUCUUGGACAACGGCCAUUACUUAAGAUUGAAGUAGAUAAAAAUGUAUUAAAACGUUUUCCUGCCUUGCAAAGAAAAUUAUUAAUAAAUGCUAUAAAUCUCGUUAAGCCUGGUGGUAUUUUAGUCUACAGUACAUGUACAAUAACGCUUGAAGAGAAUGAACAUAAUGUAGCUUGGGUUCUUGAAAAGUUUCCACAGAUGGAACUAAUUGCAAUAAAUUCUGAAAUUGGCAGUCCAGGAAUUGCAACUCAAGAUGGAUUAAAUAAAGAUUUAUGUGAAUUUGUAAGGCGUUUUGGUCCUGAGAAUGCUGAAGAAGAUUCUAUUGGAUUUUUCAUUUCAAAGUUUCAAAAAAGAGUUCAAUAAAUUUGUAGUUAAACAUUAUAACAAUAAUGAUAAUAUUUGAACAUAAUAUUAAAUUAUUUCUAAAUUGUAUCUUCCUUUGUUAUAACUUAUAAGUAUAAUACUUCAGUUAUAGUUUGAUCAGCUAUAUCAUGUAUUUGAAAUAAAAUGUACUCUAUUUAUAAA